CAGAAUUUGAGUAAAAUAAUCGAAAUCCAAGUGGAAUAAAAAAUGGAGGCUGAUUUUUGCUAUAUUCAUAAACAGAUCAAAGUACAAUUUAAUAACGCGUUAUUUUGCAGCAAUCAAUAAAUUUUCAAAUAAGCAUUUUUGGAAGUUUCGAAAGACAUUAUGGGAAGCGAUUUAAAAAUCGCUACUUCUACGGAGUUAUCCAUCUCGCGACCAAACAAUUCGAAUCAAGUAGAGCUACCAAUUGACAUGCGCUUCAACGAGGGUCAUAUUGUUAGUAUUGUCAUUUAUAGUGUGUUAAUGAUAAUAUCUGCCAUUGGAAACACGACGGUAUUAGUGUUAAUUAUGCGUCGUAAACGUGUAUCUAAAUCGAGGAUACAUACGAUGUUGAUGCACCUUGCGAUUGCUGAUUUACUUGUUACAUUUUUAAUGAUGCCACUUGAGAUUGGUUGGGCGAUCACAGUCUCCUGGGAAGCAGGAGAUGCAAUGUGUCGAAUAAUGGCUUUUUUUAGAGUAUUCGGUCUAUACUUAUCAUCUUUCAUUUUGGUAUGCAUAAGUAUGGACAGAUAUUAUGCAGUAAUAAGACCUCUUCAGUUAUGGGAUGUUGAUAAAAGAGGAAAAAUCAUGUUAUGCUUUGCUUGGAUGGGAUCUGCUGUUUGUUCAAUGCCUCAAAUGAUAGUAUUUCAUUUGGAAACCCAUCCAAAUAUUACAUGGUAUUCACAAUGUGUUACAUUUAAUACUUUUCCAACAUACACUCAUGAAAUAACUUAUUCUCUCUUUGGAAUGAUCAUGAUGUAUUGGUUUCCACUUAUUGUGAUAAUAUAUGCCUAUACGAGCAUUCUUUUAGAGAUAUGCAGGAGAUCAAAAAAGAGCGAAGAUGAUAAAAUUCGUCGUUCUUCUAUGGGUUUUCUUACACGAGCGAGAAUACGGACUCUCAAAAUGACAGUGAUCAUUGUUGCUGUAUUUUUUAUUUGCUGGACACCAUAUUAUGUUAUGAGUCUCUGGUACUGGAUUGAUCGGCCCUCGGCGUAUAAAGUUGAUCAACGAAUUCAGAAAGGUCUCUUUUUAUUUGCAUGUACAAAUUCUUGUAUGAAUCCUAUUGUAUAUGGUGCAUUUAAUAUUAGAGAUCGUAAUAAGACAUCUGUAAGACCAACCACCAUAGAAACUCGAGUCACACCAUUGUCAUUAUCACUUAAACUUCUUGAUUAA